AUGGACAAUAAAGGUAACGAUUCCAAGGAUAUCAUAAUUUUAAGAAGUAGCGAUGGCUUCGAGCACAAAGUGGAUAUUAAAGUAGCCAAAAUGUCGGCAACAAUAAAAACUAUGCUGGAAGAUUUAGGAGUUGGAGAAGUAAAUGAAGCUGUCCCCUUGCAAAAUGUGAACAAUGCCAUCUUGGAAUUGGUUGUUAAAUGGGCAGAACAUCAUAAGGACGAUCCACCACCACCCGAUGAUGACGAUAUUAGGGAAAAAAGGACCGAUGAUAUCGAUCCGUGGGAUCAAGAAUUCUUGAAAGUGGAUCAAGGCACUCUCUUUGAGAUUAUACUGGCGGCUAAUUACCUAGAUAUCAAGGGGCUUUUAGAUUCUGCUUGUAAAACCGUAGCUAACAUGAUUAAAGGUAAAACGCCAGAAGAAAUCAGAAGAACGUUCAAUAUCAAAAACGACUUUACUCCAGAAGAAGAGGCUCAAGUCAGGAAAGAAAACGAAUGGUGCGAAGAAAAAUAA